UUGCUUUGGAGCUGCGAAUGGUGGAAUGUUUACGGGUUCAAGGCUAAUAUAUGUUGCCGGACGUGAAGGAUAUUUACCCUCUCUGUUCGGUAAAGUGCAUGAUAAAUGGAAUACUCCAACAGCUGCAAUAGUUAUGCAGGCAACGUUAACAAUUAUAAUGAUUAUUCCGG